AGUACCGGCUCUAAUUUCACGAAGAUAUUCCUUGAUUUUCUGGUCCGAGACCAUUGAAAACCAAGCGAUUCCAUCAUCAUCAUCGUCAAAUUCCCCAAAUUACGAAUUUCUGGGGAAACAAAAAUCAAAUUAAGGAGACCGGAUCGAUGAGCAUUUUCGCUAAUCAAAGAGGUUCCAGAUCAUGGACCACCGGAGAGGAGCUGCCGGUUUCCAAUGGGGUUCCGAUUCCUCCCAAGAAAAAAUGGUCGAAUGCGAUGCCUCUGUUCAUCGCCCUCGUCGUCAUAGCCGAGAUUAUUUUUCUGGGUAGGCUCGAUGUGGCGAAAAAUGUAGCCAUGGUCGAUUCAUGGGCCGAUUUAUUCUACCGUUCGCCACCUUCCCGUGCACUGAUCGGCGGAGCCGAUGAUUUCAAUUCUCGGCCACUCGACGGCGACCGCAUUUCGGAAUUGGGGAUUUGUGAGGAGUGGUUGGAGAAAGAGGACGCCGUGACAUAUGCCAGAGACUUCGAAAAGGAGCCGAUUUUGGUUUCUGGUUCUGAUGAGGGGAGGAAAUCUUGUGCUGUAGGGUGUGAAUUUGAGACCAAUUCAAGUAAAGAUCCCGAUGCUGCUUUUGGUUUGAAUCACCAGGGUGGAAUGCCUUCAAUUAUUCGAUCUAUGGAAUCAUCUCAAUACUAUGGAGAGAACAAUAUUGCCCAGGCACGACGGUGGGACAAAAUUUUCCAUUUCUUAGUAAGAACAUCUUUAAUGUGGGCGCACGAACCAUCAAAAGACUUACAGAGUGAAAAUCAAUGUUCAAGCCUCUUGAGUGGCUAUAGUAUAGUAAUGACCACCAGUCUCUCAUCAGAUGUACCUGUGGGAUACUUUUCCUGGGCUGAGUAUGAUAUCAUGGCUCCAGUGACGGCAAAGAGCGAGAGUGCCCUUGCAGCUGCUUUCAUUUCCAAUUGCGGUGCUCGUAACUUCCGCUUGGAAGCUCUUGAGGCUCUUGAAAAGCUGAAUGUCACAAUACAUUCCUAUGGUGCUUGCCACAGAAAUCGUGAUGGAAGCAGAGUGGACAAAGUGAAGACUCUGAAGCGCUACAAGUUCAGCUUGGCUUUUGAAAAUUCCAACGAGGAAGAUUAUGUGACUGAAAAAUAUUUUCAAUCUCUAGUUGCUGGAACUGUUCCAGUGGUUGUUGGUGCUCCAAAUAUUCAAGAAUUUGCUCCUUCACCUGGAUCCGUUUUGCAUAUCAGGGAGCUUUCAGAUGUUGAGUCAGUUGCCAACUCUAUGAAAUACAUUGCUGCUAAUCCUGUCGCAUUCAACAACUCUUUGAGGUGGAAAUAUGAGGGUCCAACUGAUUCUUUCAAGGCACUAUUGGAUAUGGCUGCAGUUCAUUCGUCAUGUCGCCUUUGUAUUCAUUUGGCAACUGGUAUUCAUGAGAGGGAAGAAGAGGGCCCAGCAUUCAAAAAGCGACCUUGUAAAUGCACCAGAGGUUCGGAUACCGUUUAUCACUUGUAUGUUAGAGAAAGAGGAAGGUUUAAUUUGGAGUCCAUCUUCUUGAGGUCCAGUAAUCUGACUGUUGAAGCGUUGGAAUCAGCAGUGCUUUCGAAGUUCAGUUCUUUGAAGCACGAACCAAUUUGGAAGCAGGAAAGGCCCGAAAGCAUAAGAGGAGGGGAUGAAUUAAAGUUGUAUAAAAUAUACCCAGUUGGGUUGACACAGAGGCAAGCUUUACAUACCUUCAAAUUUAAAGGGGAUUCUGAUCUCAGAACACACGUGGAAGAUAACCCAUGUGCCAAAUUUGAAGUCAUAUUUGUAUAGAUUGAGAUUGAAGUUUGUUUCCUUCAUGUUUGACUUGAACAGAGGCUGCCACAAACCCCUUUGUAAAUGAUCUCCUGAGAUAAUGGCCCACUUUAGUUUAGAGAGGAAAUUACACCAUUAUAUAUGAUCUUUUCCCAGGGUGAACAUCAAUAGUUAAAUUUCAAUCAUUUGGGGGGCAGAGAAUGUCUCUUCCCCGUAAUUUCUGUAAUUUCGAGGAUGAAAUGUAAUAUUAGUUACAUUGAUGUUUUGAUCGUUGAGCUAUAUUGGUGAAUUUGAAUAAAAUGGUCUGAUCAUA